AUGGAAAACGAGGCAAUUGUACACCUGGAAGGUCCAGGAGUGGAAUCAGUCAAGGAAACAGGGUCUGGGUUGCUUCCUGAACUCAACAGCCCAUCCGGGCUCAGUCCUCCCGACUCGUCGGCGGACGUCAUUCUGCCCCGAGCCGACGUGUUGGCUGAAUAUGAAGGAGAUAACGAUGCUCUAAGCAGCGGUGGAGAAGGCCUACACACAAAUUUUAUCGAUGAUUUCAUUGCUGACUCCAAGACCGAGGGGCAUGCUGAUCUGGGUGAAAAUAAGAUAAAUGGAGCUAAUUCCACCAAGGAAGGUGAGCUUUUACCUGAUUUUAAAACAAAGGACGAACCAAAGAGCGACUCAUUGCAAAAUACCGAGGAUCUUCUUGAUAUCGGCUCUGAACUAACCGAAACCCAAGAGAUUAAAGAAACAUUGGAAGAUACCACUAAGGAUGUCAUAAUACCAAAGAAGAACGAUGAUGCCUCUGAAACCAUCGAAUCAACUGAAAAGAAAAGCACAGAUAUCGAGGAAAGUUUAUCACAAAAGGAUCUACAGAAACAAGAAGAUGCCAUUGAAGAUUCACGUUUUGAGAAAGACAUUGCUGCCACUACCAAUAACGAGACAAAACCCAACAAUGACGAAGUAGGCAAUAAUGUUGGUGAUGACGAUUUCGAUGAUGAUGAUGAUGAUUUUGAUGAUUUCAACGAGUUUCAAGGGUCGACUGACUUUGAAAACCCCAUAAUUGAUGAUGUCGAAUUUUCAGCAUCCACCGAUACAACCGGCGUGUUUCCCGAGUCUUUAUUCAAGAACCUUGAUGCUUAUCGCUCCAAACUUGAUGAUGUGCUUGCCUCGAUAUUUGAUGACUUGAACGUUGUUGACAGCGUGACCAAUCGCGAGGCAAUUUCAUUACUUGAUGAUAGAUCACGUCAAGUUUCUGAAGAGAUUGCAAGACUCCCCCGAUUGAAACCUCCUAAUUGGACUCGACUGAUUAUCCGUCACAACUUGCUUAUAAGUUUGGGUAUUCCCAUAAAUCUCGAUGAGACCGCUGGUGCACCAGCUGGGGGACUGCUUAUGGCAAAAUCUGGGCCCUCAGCGCACAAAAUCGACUGGAAAGGACUUCCAGUACCCGCAUUUGAGGCCCUCAACCUCGAGCAAGCUGCUGCUGAUGAGAUAUUAGCCAAGUCGGCUGCGACUUUGUCACGUAUUGAUGUGGACAACCUUACAAACUCAACUGCUCAGUUUCUUCAGACCCAACCAGAGUCAGUGGUAGACGCGAAGCUUGAGUUAUUCAAAAGCAACUACACUGAGUUGUUGACUCUUGCCAGCGUCUGGCAGCACCAGUUGGAAGAACAAACCAAAAAUACCGAGAUCUAUGGCGAAGUCGUGCAAAGUAUGAUUGGCUACAGUCACAAGAAGCAGCGGGAAGAGAUCAUGGAGGAGAAGCGACGAAAAUAG